CGGACCGCGGGGUGCAGCCGGCUCGCGUCGGGAGUCCGCGCCGGACUCGGCACCGCGCUCCUGGCUCCGCACCCCCGGCCGACGCGCUGCCGGGACUGAGCCGGCAGGAGGGGACGCGCCGCGYGGUCCCCUGUAGAUGGUUAGGUAUGAAGCGGCCAUUGAGCCCAUCUCCCCUGGGUGAGAAGGAGCCCCCAACAUCUGGAUCUACUGAGUGCCCCCCUCGGCCCCCAGAACCACCGAAGCCCAAGCGGGAGAGAAAACGGCCGUCGUACACGCUCUGUGAUGUCUGCAACAUCCAGCUGAACUCUGCAGCCCAGGCCCAGGUGCACUGUGGGGGGCGGGCCCACCAGAGGCGGCUGCGGCAGCUCAGCUUGGGGAAGACCCCCUCGGGGCCAGCAGGCCCAGCCUCCAGUGCCCCCAGCCCCCUGCUGGCCUCCUUGCCCCUGCCCACUCGGCCUCUGCAGCCCCCGCUGGACUUCAAGCACUUGCUCGCCUUCCACUUCAAUGGCACCGCCCCGCUCAGUCUCUUCCCCAACUUCAGCACGAUGGACCCAGUCCAGAAAGCUGUCAUCAGCCAUACAUUUGGGGUCCCCUCCCCUCUGAAGAAGAAGCUCUUCAUUUCCUGUAACAUCUGUCACCUGAGGUUCAACUCAGCGAACCAGGCUGAAGCACAUUAUAAAGGCCACAAGCAUGCCAGAAAACUCAAGGCUGUUGAAGCUGCUAAGAGCAAGCAGAGGCCACAAAGCCUGACACAGGAUGCUGUGGUGGUGUCCCCAACCCCUACUCUGGCCAGUGGAGCACCUGGAGAUCUACAGAACAAAGCAGUUCCUGCAGGCCCUCCACUCCAGCAGCCAUUGACCCCGGACCCCCCAUCCAGGGAACCAGCCCCCUCAGACCUUUUGGAUGCUGCCUCUUCUUCUUCCUCCUCCUGCCCACCCUGCUCCCCAGAGCCUGGCAGAGAGGCACCAGGGCCUGAGCCGGUGGCGGCAGCUGUGGGAAGUGGAGUGARUGGGGAAGGCAGGAGCGAAAAGGGGCGCCUCUACUGUCCCACAUGUAAGGUGACAGUGAACUCGACCUCCCAGCUUCAAGCUCACAACACAGGAGCCAAGCACCGGUGGAUGGUGGAAGGUCAACGAGGGACCCCCCGAAAGGGCCGGGGCCGCCCAGUAUCCCGGGGAGGGGCUGGACACAAGGCCAAGAGAGUGACAGGGGGUCAGGGUGGCCGGCAGGGCCCUAGUCCCCCUUUCCACUGUGCUCUCUGUCAGCUCCAGGUCAAUUCAGAGACCCAGCUCAAGCAGCACAUGAGCAGCAGGAGGCAUAAAGACCGCUUGGCUGGGAAGCCCCCAAAGCCCUCCAGCCAGCACAGCAAGCUGCAGAAGCACGCAGCGCUGGCUGUGAGUAUCCUCAAGUCUAAACUGGCCUUGCAGAAGCAACUCACCAAGACGCUGGCGGCCCGCUUCCUGCCCAGCCCACUGCCCACUGCUGCYGCUGCCAUCUGUACCCUGCCAGGACCCCUGGCCCUCCGGCCUGCCCCCACAGCAGCCGCUACCCUCUUCCCAGCUCCCAUCCUGGGCCCAGCUCUUUUUCGCACUCCAGCAGGAGCCAUCCGCCCUGCCACGGGACCCAUUGUCUUUGCCCCCUAUUAGCUCUACUGAGGAGGCCAAGGCUGAUUCCCAAACAGCCAUUACUGUCUCCCCCAAGACACCUCCGUUUCCUGCAUCCCACAGGACUGCCUUUUACAACUUGGGGGAGGGGGGGUCCUGCCCAGUCUAGGAAGAACUGGGCUAGUUAAGGGCAGCUACCUUUGCUCCAUCUGGACUGGGAUUCACCAGGUGUCCGUCCAGCCCUCACCCUCCUUUUCAGGUCCUUCCAAGGCUAGUCCUAGGCUCACCUGCAUUUCCCAGCCUGAUAAAUCCCAAAGAUCUAUGCAGAACCCCAGCCUCGUGGUGCUGUCAUUUCCCCGAGACCUAUACCCACAUGGCCAGGCUCUGGACAUCUGAGCUCCCAUAAGCAGCCUCGCCWGGCCUGCGGACAAGUCUCUGACCUCUACCCCAUGCUUUGGAGAAAUCACUGGAAAUAGGGAUGGGGUCUCAAGCUGGAGAGUUCAAGGCUUUCAUGACAAGGUGACUCUGGGAUGUGUAGAGAACCACAGAGGAGAAAGAACUCCAAAUACUCUGGAUCAAGCAGUGCUAGGGUGGAGUAGAGCCAGGGCAGGCCCACCUGCUUUCAGAUGAGGCUAGGAUAAGAGUAGGUCAAGGUGGAACUGUGUGUCCAGACUCAAGUGAGCCAUCCCAUACAGCUUUCCCUUCUGACUUCUGGACCCCAGCUCUGGGGGACACUGGGUCCCCCUUGGACUAUGGAUUCAGCUAACACCAAAUCUGCCCCCCCACACCCCCAGGGCUCCAACAUGAAUAGUUCCCCACCCCAGACURGUCCUCAGCACUAAGUUCAGCUUUCCUUCUUCCCAAGCACCCCUCCCACUGUAAAGCUGAAUGCUGGGAUGUAGUCUGAUACUCUCACAGACCCACUUCUGGGCUGCCAGUCAGUGUCAAAUCCUAUCCACCCGACCCCAGCACUGUCCCCUCAUCCCACAAUAUGGGACUUUGCCAGUGUCCACCUGUAUCUUUUUUGAAAGGUAUUUCCAAUGGGAGAACAAGAAAAAAAGGGGAGGGGAGGAAACUUUUUGAUAAUAGCAAUUGUGGUUUUAUUGUGUCCAACAUAUCAAUAAAUGAACUUUGAGCCUGAGCCUGUAGAUGCCCUCUCCUUGCCCAACCCAGGACAUCUGCCCCUGCUUACCUCUCCCAUUCUGGGGAGAAGGGGCAUGUACUGGAGGACACCUGGCUAGUGUCUCACCUAUUAGUGUGCACACCAGAAGCAUGAAGAGGGCACUGGAAGGUUGGAGGUUUUAAGCUCACUUGAUAGCACAUCUGCGUGAGUAGCUACYCUUCCGAGCCCCAACGAAAGACCUGGGAGCUCCUAGGAAGCUGCUAGUGAUUUGCCUGGUUCUGUUCAGACAUCUGAGGUAAGAAGGGCUAGAGAAGCACCUUGUCCGGCCUUCACCAUKGCAGCAAGCAUAUAAAUAUAGGUGAUAUAAAUAGUCCAGCUACUAGCUGAAAACAACCAGAGGAAGRGAUGAAGACCAGCCCUCAAGGACAGGUGGAUAGAUUGGGCACUGAGUGUGGAGUGUACUCCUGCCCCCUGGUGGUUGGAGGAAGAGACAUGUCCAGCCUCCAGGGCUGGCAGACAUAGCACCUUGAAGAGRGAGAAGCAAGGGGGCCAGUCACAGGUGGCUCAAGCCUCUGGCUUUAGAAAGUCAUCCAGCUGGAAAGGAUGUAGAUCGUCUAAGCAACUCCUAUCACUUACAGAUGAGAAAAUCAACACCUAGAGGGGAAUGACCUUGCUGGGUCAUAGCUUGCUGCUUAGCCCAGUCAUCUCUCCAUUCAACCUCAACCAAAGAGGCCCAUCUGCUCUCCAAACAGGAAGAGGAAGUGAAACAAUUGGGAGCAGGGGAAGAAUUCAUACAGAAAACAAUACUCCUAGGUGACUAGCCUCUUCCAGCCAAGGAUAGGCCAGGAAAAAGGUUAGGUGAGGGAUGGGGCUUCUCCUAAUACUAAUACAAGUAAGCACAAGUACACCACGCAUACAAUACCUGGAUACCCAUUCUCAAAGUCCAAGAUAGUGCCUUAAGAGUGAGAGUGAGAGAGAGAGAGAGAGAGAGAAAGUGUGUGUGUAUGUCUGUUACUGGCAGGAAGCUCAGGAAGUUGGGACCCUAUAAUAGGACCCAAAUCCUAAAUUGGGCACUUUCAGUAUGAUAGCUCUAUUUCCUGUCCAGGGCAGAUAGAAGGGAUGCUGACCCACAACUCUAGGCAA